UAAGUUUUGAGUUAGGGCUUUGGGCUUAUCAACGAACGGCUUCGAUGGAUCUAAUCGAACGGCUGUAGAUCGGGGAGAUUUGAGGUUUUCGGCUAUGGAGGAGGAGGAGGCACACCCCGGCAGCGCUGCUUGUGAUUUCCCAGUGCUACGCGUGGUCGGCGCAUUGGAACGUGUGAGGCCGCUCCCGGCGGGGCGGCAUUCUCUGCUGGCUCGGAUCGCGCGAGGUGCGCGCUCCGUCUUGGAUCACCGGCCGGAGGAUUCCGUGGCGCUCAAUGCCGAGCGCGCAAUGCUGCUCUUCAGCUCCGCCGCGCUGGGGUCUCGAAUCAGCGGCCCCCUAGGUCGGAAUUCUUCUCCUCCCGGUAAUAUCUCUUCCAGGCCUAAAGAAAUUAGAGAGAGAGGGAAUGAUCCGGACAAGAGGCUGCGUCUCACUGGCUCCCACGCUAUUGGAUCGAGAACCAUGGUGGACAGUGUGAUCGAGGGGACGAGCAUCCAAUUCACAGAGCUCCGUGUGAGAAUUAUCCACACGCCUCCAAUCCCUCGACUUGCGGAUGGACGAAUCUCUCUCACCGCUGGGACUGACUUGCGUUGUCGCCAUCGUGUCGCCGUGGAGAGCAUGAUGUGUUCUCAAGACGAUAAACAUUCCUUGUCGAGCAUCGUUUCCAGCACCGACUUUUCGUCGCCACCGGCCUGGGGGAUUGCAACCUCUCACAAAUUUGCCAGAGGAUUAAGCGUGUUUUCCAGAUACAGCAACGAUCACUACGCCGGGAAGAGCGUGAUCUUGCAGGCUGUUCAGAGGCACGGGAGGAAUACUAUAUCGCCGAUCUGCUCAGUUGCCUCUAAAGGGCGAGUGCAAGCUGGAAUCACAUGGAAGAGCACCAUUCACUGCAGCAAAGAGAAUGGAAGCGAGGAUUUUUUCCAGGUGAAAGCGCUCUGGAGCCAAAAAGGCGCCUUCUCCGUGCUCUUGAAAGCCCAGCUCGGGGAUCCAGUAGAAUGGUCGCAGUGAGCAAAGAGAAAAAGAGAUUUUUUAUGUAAAUAAGAGAUUAAAAAAAGCUUUUCCAGCCAA